AAAGUGCAUUUUGGCCUAUUUUGAGUUGUGUUAGCCGACGGAUUGUAAUUAUAAGAGCGUUCAUGGUUAAUGCAUCAAAAUAAAUAAUAUGUAAAGAUAUCAACUAACGUCACUACAAAAGAACCAGAAAACCUUACAAAACAGAAAAAGUUAUGAAACAUUUCUACACCAAAUGGAUGUAACCAUACUUAGCUAUAUGAUUCCUCUACCAUUACUGUGUUUUUAAACAUCACAGAAGGUGACACUUUUACAGUUGAAGAGAAAGAGGAAUGAUUAGGGAUAAAUGGCUAACGAGUAGUCUGUUGGAGGAGAUAUGAAAAUUCAGAAAUUAUAAUAGUUUUCUAUUGAACGAACAGAUAUCGGUGAAUCUACGACAAUGGAUUUGCUUUUCUUUUGAAAUUCGUAUACAAUAAGGCAACAGUAGUUUACCGAUGUUCAAAUCUCGUUCAAGGAAUCAAGGUAACAACAAAAUGACUGUUUCCAGUUUAACUUUUUGGUUGCAGUUUGUGUUUUCUUUGCACAUUUUACAUUCGUCUUGAACUUUAGUGUGUGUUACAUUUGAACCAUGUCUGAAAACUAGACAUCCACUUCGAAUAUGUUGAGUACAUUAUUGAAAAUGACUAGACAAGUUUGAAGCUAACAUAGGAUGUUCUAUUAUUCUAUUACUGUGGAUUGUGUCCUUGUAACAAAUUGAUUGAUAACCAACUGAAAGAAAUCAACUUUAAACAAUACCUACACAGAAUAAUAAAAAUACGAAGCAACAUAAUUAUCGUUGUAUAUCUAUUUAUGAAUAAUUUUGUUGACGAAUAUUUCCAGAUCCGGGAAAUUGUAAACUUCACUUAAUUAGAAAUAAAUAGCUAACAUGAAUACGGUUUUCUGUGCAAUCCUUCCAUCAAGUUGGACUUCUUGCUUAUGACAUUUUAAAUACGACACAUUGGUAUUUGACCUUGAGCAAUUCUAAAUAACUGUCAAAACACUAUUUAACUAUGUAUGAACACAAACAAUGUUCACAUCUACUUCAUGGUUUAUAAAUAAUAAGUUUUUGAAAGAAACGUUUGCACAUAAUCAAAUGUAAAAUCUAUUACAUCAUAAAACCAGGUUACAUGUAGCUAUAGAAUUCUACUGAAUAAAAUCAAUACAUUUAAGUCAAUUCGGAUUAAAACACACAUUUUAAUAAAUGACGGAAAUGUAAUCUAAAAGUUACCCGUUUAGAAACGUAUGAUUAUAAAACUGUUAAAAUUAAAAUUUUAUCAAAGCUACCCACAUAUGAUACCGAUAUCACUAUACUUUUUUAUGUGUUUGUCUUCGUGUUUGUAUUUUGUUUGUUUGUUUGAAUAUAGUUGUCUAAUUACCAAACACGUUACAUUGCUUCUAUGGUGCACAAUUAAUUGAGAGGUAUUUGGAUAAUGAAUGUUUUUGUCGGCUUUAUGAUUUCAAUAAUAUUUAUUCCAACUUAAAAAAAUAAUAAUUAUUUAUUAAAUGUACAUAUUAAUUAAAUUUCAUUAACCUUUUCUUAAAUUUAGUAGAUGUUAAAAGAAGUACAAUGUGUUUAUCAAUUCUAGACACCACAUUUUAAAAGCAAUUAAGGGUGGAUUUUCUGUUAUAUAAUUUAGGUUUAAGAUAAACAGACGUGUAAAAUACCCAUGACAAAGCUUUUCUUUUUAAAUAUUCACCAUACGAGCCUUAUUCACAUACAAUACAAGUCGUCUGUCAUUAAAUAUAUACACUUCAAUAAAAAAAACUAUUUCAUUUAUACAAACAUAGUGUACAGAGUACUGACUAAUUUUGAUACUGCUGUAACCAAAUAAGCUUACAGAUAAUCGUACGAGGAAUUAUUCACUUACAAAAAGGUGCAAAUUGGAUAUUAACAGGUUUUAUAACAGUGAUACGGUGUUUCAAAUGUUUCAGUUUUCUAAAGAGGAAGUAUAGAGAUUAUGAUCCGUGUAGAGGUGAAGAAUUGUUAUGUAUAAAAAGAAAUGAAUAUCAGUGACGAACAAUGUACAAAAUAUUGCCUUGCAAAGAUACACCCUAGUAAAUGCUAUAUGUUUUGUUAUAAGAAAGCGUUUGAUGACUUAUUUUUAGUUAGAACCCUGUUCUGUUGGUAGAGAAAAAAACAUUUAAUGGCUGUCGGUCUUCAAACAGGUGGACGCAGUACUAUAGAUAUAACUGAGUCAUACACAGAGUGCUCAUUCACAUCAAGUUGUGUAACUGUAACUUAUUUUAAUAAUUCUGACAACAUUACCGAUGUGCUUUUUGAUACAAAUGCAGUACAUUUAAAGGAAAUUACAAAAUGGAUUUGGAGAAUUAUAGCACCAAUAAUAUUUAUUGUCGGAGUUUUUGGAAACCUUGGAAUUAUUUUUGUGUUAUGUCGAAUGAAACAAUGGAAAAAGAUAACUUACAAUUUCCUUUUUAUUCAUUCUAUUUCAGACACUACCGUACUUAUAACUGGAUUAACGAGACGAUGGAUUCUAGCAACGUUCGACCUUGACAUUCGGACCAUUUCCGACUUCGGUUGUAAAUUGGAUGUCUUUAUGAUAUAUUUUUCAAUGCAUAUUUCGUCGUGGAUACUAGUGUCCAUAACUGUUGAUAGGUUUGUAAAAACUCGCUUUCCGUUACAUUAUCGAUCAGCAACAUUUUCAUCUCUGCUUAAAAUAAUUCUUUUAGUGCCAAUAGUAUUGAGCUUCUUUAUCGAUGGCCAUCUUAUUAUUACAAACGGUUUGAUGAAAGUACAGAAUGAAUAUGUUUGCAAUAACACAUCAUCUGAAUCUUACAAUUAUGAAGAAAAAUAUUAUGUUUUCAUUGAUCUUGUAUGGCUGUCUUUACUUCCAUUUAUGUUGAUGUUUAUGAUGAAUAUCUUUAUUGGAGACUCAUUGCGGAGCUCUGGACGGUACCACGAAUCAUUUAUGCAUCAUAAAGACUAUAAAAAGCGCAACAAAAGAAGUAGUAAGAGCCUUACUCGGAUGUUGUUCUUCACUAGUAUAUAUUUUCUAAUAACUACAUUUCCAAUAUCAAUUUUCUUUGUAGUUGAUUCGUUUACAACAUCAAAGAAUAUAUUAAAAUCAGCACAACUUGGGCUUUCAGAAUCAAUUCUGUAUUUAAUUCAGUUUACUAAUUAUGGAAUUAACUUUUACUUUUAUGUCAACGUCAAUGCAACAUUUAAAAAGAAUCUACCAGCGAUUUGCAAUAGAAAUAUAAUACGAAGGCGGACGUCGACACAGCAAAACUCAUCUAUUUCAACCAGGACAACGCAAGCUGAUGUUCCAACAUCGGUUCAAAAUGACAACGUUCAUACUUCCGAAGUUUCGAUUGGAUGGCAGGAGUCAGAUCAACAUGUUCGAAAUAUGCGACAUUCACCACAAAUCUUAGAUAUAUCGUUAUUACCUGUUCCUUCACUACGAGAUAAUAUCAAUUCUUUAUCAGAACAAGACACUUUUCACAUUGCUGGUAAAGAGGAAACAUUUAAACAGGAUGAAUUAUAGAAAUUAGAUAUUACAAAGAUCAUAAUUAAUGUACUAAAUCUUUAAAAUUUUGAUUUACGGAAUGCUAUUGGAAUUUCCCCUGAUUAAAAUUAAAAUACUCUGGUCCUAAUAAAUACGCUUGGGUUAUAAACUAAAGACAUGUAGAGCGAAUUUACACUCACAGGGUCAAAAUAUAAAAGUAGCCUAAUGCUACUGAAAUGAAGAUAUUAAAAAGUUUACAUGUACGUAAAACAUUUUUCAACUAUGUAACAUGUAUAUAUUUCCAUAAAAUAAAAAUAAUAUUUAAUACUUCA